UAGGCAUUUGAUGCAAAGUAUGAAAGUAUUUGCCACGCGGUUCAUUCAGAUCAUCUUAUAAUGAUACGUCAAUUUGCCCUCGUCAAGCUUAAUACGGAUCGUUUCGCAGAGCUAAUCGGGUGUCUUACAUUGAACUGGUCGCAAUACGGAAAUUCACCGUAAAAUCAUAAAUUAUAUACGUAUAGUACGUCAGUAUUGACGCAACGGAAGAAUUUUCACAAGUGAUGUAGAUUGCAUACAGAAUGAAUCUGUCUGAAUAAAUUAUCUGAGAUCUAUCAGAGACGACCUUGACGCAGAGGACACUUUCGGAGGAAAAAGGUCACGCGAAUAUCAACUCCAAUUACGCCUUGGCCUAUUCUGUCGGUGCGGAAAAAUGGCGCAAGUUCUUAGGGGUAGGGUCGGUGUGUUUACGACAAAGUAUUUUCAAACGAUCAUACCGAAAGUUGAACUCCCAACAAAAUAUCAUCGAUCAUGUUUUCACACCAGCUGGAUUCUCGAUGUAAAAGGACGAGAACUCCUUAUGCCGUCCCUGUCACCAACCAUGGAACAAGGUACAUUGAUCAAAUGGUUGAAAAAAGAGGGAGAUGACAUUGAUCCUGGCGAUGCUGUUGCCGAUAUUCAAACCGAUAAGGCAGUGAUGACGAUGGAAAUGGACGACGAAGCCAUUCUAGCAAAAAUAAUCGUACCAGAAGGAACCAAAGACGUGAAAGUUGGCACAUUGAUCGCUUUGACGGUGGAUAAAGGUGAAGAUUGGAAGGCAGUGGAAGUGCCAGGAGGAUCUACUGCUGGAGCACCUUCAGUUUCGUCUAUGACUUCGGACCCUUCUGUUCCACCUCCAUCAGCUCCAUCUGCGUCACAGCCAAUACCAGACGGACAACAUGACUUGACGAUGCCCGCUUUAUCUCCAACAAUGACAACAGGAGUAUUGGUAAAGUGGCUCAAAAAGGAAGGUGACACUAUUGAGCCAGGUGAUGCUAUCGCUGAUAUACAGACUGACAAAGCUAUCAUGACUUUUGAACUCGAAGACGAGUUAGUACUGGCUAAAAUAAUUGUACCUGAAGGAUCUCAAGUUGAAGUUGGCCAGCUUAUUGCUUUGACCAUGGAUAAGGGUUCUGAUUGGACUAAGGCCGUUAUUCCCGCCACUACUCCGGUUGCGAAUGUUUCGAAACCUGCUCCUUCUGCACCAUCUCAAUUACUCAAACCAGCACCAACUUCGCGUAGUGCACUUCCACCACCAAGCGGGCAGGUCUAUGGUUUGGCUGUCAAGAGGUUACUUGAAGAGUAUGAUUUGAGUUCUGGUUCAAUAAAAGGAACUGGCCGACCUAAUCGUCUUUUGAAAAGCGAUGUUCUUGCUCAUAUUCAAGCCCAUGGUCUGCAAAAAGUAGCCCCAAAAAUCGUAGCUGGGCCACAAUCUCCUGCAGCAUCGAAAUCAAGCAGUUCAAGUGCAAUCGGAAAUACUAGUGAAAGACCAUCUGGAUUGGGGAAAAAUAUCCCGUCUACUUACAAGGAUGUUCCUGUCAGCAAUAUUAGGGCAGUCAUUGCAAAAAGACUUGCAGAAUCUAAAAGAAACAUCCCACAUUCUUACCAAUUCAUGGAUAUGAGAAUAGACAAACUGAACGAAAUUCGAGAAAAGUUGAAGGCGGAAAAUGUCAAAGUAUCCGUGAACGAUUUCAUCACUAAAGCUGUUGCUCACGCACUCCUGGAAUGUCCAGCUGUUAAUACGUUAUAUCAGAAUGGACAGAUUAUUCAAAUGCAAAAAGUGGAUAUUUCGUUCGCAGUUUCUAUUCCAACUGGCCUUAUAACACCAAUUAUAUUUGAUGUUCCAUCAAAAGGUUUGAUAGAUAUUACUGCUAGUAUUAAAGAGCUUGCUGGUCGAGCUCGUGACGGAAAACUUCAGCCGCAUGAAUUUCAAGGUGGAACGUUUACAAUAUCCAACCUUGGUAUGUUUGGCAUUAAAGAAUUUUCUGCCAUAAUAAAUCCCCCCCAAACAGCUAUUUUAGCUGUGGGCACUGGAAGGCAGGAAUUAGAUUCUAAUUUUAACACCAUCACACGAAUGACGACGACACUAUCAUAUGAUAGGCGAGCAAUCGACGAUGAUCAGGCAGCUGAUUUUCUAGCUGUUUUAAGAGCCAUGCUUGAAGAUCCAACUUUCUUGGCUGUCGGGCGGGCUCAAGCAUAUAGGCAUAAACGACUAUGAUUCUACCCGUUCCAUACUCAUGGAAGAAACUCGGAAAAUUUCCCAAUUUUCGUAAGUUAGAAAAAUUGUACAGAAUAUUUAUUUAAAGAUGGAUCUGCACCUGUGUGAAUGCAUAGGACUAAGGUGUAUUAAGAGCUUGAACUUCAAAGACAAUGUUUGUUUCUAAUAAGAUGUAAGAACAGGCUUCAUUCAAACAGAUUGUGAUACUUGAAGAGUAACUUGACUUAGUUAUAGCUCAUACCUCGUUUACAUUUUAAAUGAAAUCAGGAAUCUUGUUCACAAAAUAAUGUUACAAUUCAAUACAGAUUUAUUCAUGCGGUUUAUAGUUGAAUUACGGCCAUGAUGUUACAAGUCAAGCUCAGGCAAUGAAUAUAACGAAUUAUUACAGAAGUUUGUAAAGCUGUUUAGAACUCAGGGUGUACAAUAGGAUUCAGCACACAGAAUUUCCAUGAAAAUAUUUAUUGUACUUUUUUAGUUACUAUUAACUACACGUUACUGUAUAGCCAUGUAGUUUCAAUAUAAUAUUCUGUAUAUUUUUAGUGAUUUGCCAAUAAUACAGGACUUUGUUCGGUCUGCAUAUGAUGUAUUGUACAUACAUAUUAUUUCGAUUUCUAAGUAUUUCAAGAAAUUUAUUUUUUAGCCUUACAAUCGUUAGAUCAACAUUACUUCGGUUCAUAAUUUAUUUAUUUAUUUAUUACGGACAUUAUUCUUACAAUUCGGGAUAACCGCAUAUAAAAACUCUCAAUUAAAAAAUCUGUAAUAAAGAUACACUUUUUAUUUCCAUAGCAGUUUUUCAUGAAUUUAUUUUAUCGUUUGAUUCCUUUUUUUAUUUGAACGUUUGAGCCAGAUGAAUGCAAAUUCAACUGUUCACAUAAAGGUAUUGCGUGUGGUCACCUCUGCCAACGUAUGUUUGGAUGUGUUUAUCACAAACCUUGGAAGUUCAAUUGCAUAUAACUGUUGCAAUCAUCAUUUUGCAACGGAACUGAAUACGAUCUAAUUAUUUCAAAAUACUUUGCUUUAUGUACAUAUGGGAUGCCAGAAUUUUUUUCCUAAUCAAACUUCCUAAUUUCAUUGAAUUCGUAUACACUUCUUUACUUAUAAGAAACUGUAACCAGCAUUUCUAUAUGAUUCGACUCAUAUAAUGAUAAGAGAGAAAACUACCGAAUCCAUUCAUUUCCACGUGUAAUUGUAUAUUCCAACAAUUUCUGUAGUAAAUUUAUGGUUCAACUACAGAUGAAAGGUAAAGUAAUUCGUUAUCACGAUUUAGGAAUUGAAUUCUGUAGAAGUAUCAUUUAUUACUUUUAUCUGAGCUUAUCAAGCAACGUGAUAAUUUUAAUGCUGAGCGACAUAGCAACACAUACUCUCUUCCGAUAUGAUAUAUAAUAUGUUACAUACCACACGAGUAUCUUUAGCUCACUGUUUACAUCGUUCGAUUCCAUUUCAAUUCCAAGGUUGAAAGUUCGGUCGAGUAUUUUUUCAGAAUGAAAUUUUCUACUAGUUUUUACUCAAUCUCCGACUGGGGGGAAAAAAUGGAUAGUUUUUUUUUACAUAAAUGUUACAUACGUGUUUUAAUUACAUAUACAUAACUCAUACAAUAUUUAUAACCCAGCACAUGAAGGUUUCAAUUUACCGCUGUGACGGUCGUGCAUCUUGUAUUUCUUAGAAUUGACAAAAUCACAACAGAUCUGACUGGCAGUUCAGAGCCAAGCAAAGAAUAUUAAUAGGGGGAUUUUUUGUUCACAAUUAAUUAUUUAAAUAUGUCGCAAAUACUCUUUGUGUGCACAGUGUUGGUAUUAUAAAUAACUUAGUGCCAUUACCAAUUGGAUACUUUGAAAUCUGCUUUUUUUAAUAUUGAUAACUUGUCGUACAGAUGUUAUCCACAAACCACUAAAUUAUCAACAAUAUCAUUCAAUCUAUGUAUCACAUCUCAGUUGAUGUCUCAUGAAGGUCCAUUUAAUCCUUCCUUUCUUCUGCAAUGUUAACAUUGCAAAUAUUUUAAAGAAAUUUAAUACUACAGCCUUUGCAUAAGAGCUUAAUUAAGAUAAGGAAGUCGUGGUAUUACAUCUAACCCUUUUUACAAUUAUUAUUUUCUUAAUUUGCGUGCUGGAAUUCGAUGUCACACUAUAUGUCGUUGGGAAAUAUUUGAUUAUAUUAUUUGCUCAGAAUUUUAUUGUCAAAUUCAUG